AAUGUAUUAAUAUUUCCUCUCUGAAAUAUAAUGCAGUAUUUAUAAAGGGGCGGCACAAUUAUAAAAGCUGUAGCGGAAGUAUUGAUUAGAUUAAGAAAAUUACACAGCGUCGAAUUUUCCUAUUUUAAUAAGAUUGUUCUGCAUACUUUGGCGCCGUAGCAAAACUAAAGAGAUGUUAAUCUGGGAACUUCAAAUUCAGAUAUAUAAUGAAAGGAAGGUGAUUUGUGCAUAAAUUCUUACACUAAAUAUCAGUUUACAAGAAGACACAAUGGGCGUUGAAACAUUAAAAGACUGGAAUGAGGAAGAAUCGCAAAAGUAUACGUUAAGCACGUGUAUUCUUUCCUUCUACUUGGUUAUUGGUUUGGUAGGAAAUACACUAGUGAUUAUAUUAUAUAAAACCAGAAUGAAUUCAAAAAAUGACGACAGAUAUUUUAUUCCCGCAAUAGCUAUCAUUGAUCUUAUUGGAUGUGUGUUUUCCACAACGCUAUCUCUGUUAAAUAAUGAACAACCCGUAAUGUUUCCAGGUUCAUUUUCUUGCAAACUCAUACAGUUCGGAACGUGUUCAUCCAUAAUUGCAUCACUUUUUAUGCUGUUAGUAAUAUCUGUCCAACGGUUUCAGAAAAUAUGCCGCCCAUUUGGUUUUCAAAUGAACUUGAAUCACAAGAGGUUGGCUACAACUAUAGCCGUCAUAUUGGCUUGUUGCUUUUCAAUUCCCAUGUUGUUGUUAUACCAAAACAUUGAAGUUACACAUGAGACGAAAAAUAUAACAGGGCACAUAUGUGGAUCCGCCCCGGGAACUGAGAAAUUAGGUGAUUUUACGAGAGCUAUUUUAAUCACCGUCGAAGUGGGGGCAGUUUUCAGCAUGACAGUCCUAUACAUAUUGGUUGGUCGUAAGUUGAUAGAACAGUUCAAAGUUUCACGAAAGCUACAUGACAUUAACUCCAUAUCUGGAACAAGUAACAGCGGGAGUAAUGAACGGACAACAAUACGAACUGUUCCAUCAAUUGAUGCUGAAUUGACUGACAAUUUCAGCAAUGUUGAAAACGAUAAAAAGGAACUUUUUCAACAAGAUAUGCGAAACGGUAAACGUAGAAGUACCAUUAACAGGUCCAAAAAGAAACCAGUUAGUAAUGGCCGUCGCUACUCCAUUAUGUUUAUGGUGAUAUCUUUAGUUGCAAUUGUUUGCUACAUUCCACCCUGGACGUUUGUUAUUCUGGAGGCCAAAGAUUCAGAUUUCUGGAGAAGUUUGACCUUCGAUGAGGUCCAGGUUUUCUUGAUUAUUCGCAAUCUUUAUAUCGUCAAUCAUAUCGCUAACCCUUUCAUUUACGGGUUUUUUGAUCCAAAGUUCAGACGUGAGGUGAAAAACUUGCUUUGUGGGUGUAAAAUUCGAUAGUUUAGAUGAUGGUAUAAUUUUCGAGAUCCCUAUUAUGAUGACUUAUUUCAUGUAAAUAUACUUUCAAUGAACACUUGUACAUAUGUAGGAAGAGUUAAAUCACAAGCCUAAGGUUAAUUAAGACGACCUAACGUGUUUAUUAUGUACAUGUUUUAUACGUAAUCGUCAUUUAAAACAUUCUUUUAGUAUAGUUUUCUACACUAAAUUAUAAGCUAUAUUAAAUUCUGAAUUGUUA